AUGUCCGAACGAACAGACUCCAUCGACGAGGACCCAAGCCAGUCCAUUCCUAGUGACCCAAGUUCCACUCCUGACCCCAAUGAUAUAGAACCACAGGACGACCAAGCUUCGGAGAAGAGUCUGUCCCCACUGGAAGACUACAGGAGUAGCAGCCAGGAAACUCACAUCGGGGUGCCUACGCUUGAGGCCAUCACGGCUAUCAAUGAGCAAGCUAAUGGCGACAACGACGGCAAUAGCUUCGACGAAAUUGAGGACGAGGACGAGGACGAGGCCGAAAACGAAAACGAAAACGAAAACCAAGACGGAGCUGGAGGUGAAUACAACGCUCACGCCGGUCCAUCUUAUUGGGAUUUGUCUGCGUUGAUAUGGUAUGAUGAUUCUUAUGAUGACUAUGGGAGUGGGAAUGGCACCGACUAUGAGGGGGGCCAGGACCAGGAGGAUUAUCAAGAGGAGCACCAAGACGAGAGCCAAGAGCAAGAGGACAACAACGACAACCGCGAAGAUGAAGAAGACAAAGACGAGGAUGAGGAAGACGAAGACGAGGAAGAUGAAGAAGACGAAAAUGAAACCCUCAUUGAGAGCACAAGGCCUGAAGUCGGGUCACCAGAACGGCUGGCACCAGGGAACCCAAUACCAAGCCCUAAUCAACCCCCUCGCUCAACAGUAGACCAACAGCUUCCACCAUACGAUAUGGAUACACGGUCAUAUCUAAGAGUGCCGCCAUAUCCAUCUGAUACGAAUGCACGGUUACCACCACCGGGAUAUCUACCACCACCGCGACAUCUACCACCAGAGCUGCAAGGCUAUGAGCUGCCGCCGACACAUGGCCUGCCGCGAGUGCAGGGGCUGGGACAAAUGGGCGAAUCGCUCCUGAACCAGCCGCUAUAUGAUAACGAAACGUACUACGGGGCUGAAACAUCUGAAACAUUUGAUGAGGAGGAAUGGCCAGCGCAGGCCUCGGAUGCUCUGUAUGAUCCCUACCAAGACCAAGGUCAGUCUCGCAUACGUAGAUAUUCAGAUGGCGCUCCAGUAUUCUCACCACUUCCACCACCAGAAAUACCACUUCCUCCGCUGCCAGCAAACGAAUCGUUUCUGGGACAUGGGCCUGAACGGCAAUACGCAGACCAAGACCAAGACCAAGACCAACAGCAACAGCAACAGCAACAGCAAGGUCAAAAUCAAGACCAGGACCAGAACCCUAACGGGCUUCCCCAAUCGGACCAAUUCUUGAAUAAUCUGCUCCAGCAACCCCACGGGCAGCAGCACCAUCCCGAGCAAAACCAGCAACCAGGCCAAAGUCGACGCUCUGCCUCGACCGAGUACGAUGGGAAUGGGAUUACGAUUGGGGGAGGGAGCGGAAGACAGCCCUAUCCAGACCUUGUUCUGCCUUCGGUAGAAGGUCCAAAUGACCAACAUGGGGUCGGGGGCACCCAGGGUAAUCCGAUAUCUCUUAGUAGCGGUGACAGCGGAAAUCCUACAAAUAACGGAUCUCGGCCGGAGACUGCGAUAACUAUCUCAACUGGUUCGAGUGCGGGCGGGUGUCGUCCAGAUGCGUCAACCAUUUCCACUGGUUCGAGCGAGAGCGGAGGGGCUGGCCCAGCACCUGCAACAGGUGAUGGUACCUCUGGGCAAGGCCAUGAUGGGGAGGCUAAUCAGGAUAAUCAGUCUCCUCCAGAAGGUUCUACGACUGGUCAAGACCAAGACGAAGGGUCCGAUCCAGCUCCUGCGAAUGACCAAAAUGAUAGGGAAGCUGCAAGCACUGGGGGGAAUCAGGGUGAGAGCGGACAUGUCAGUCCGUUGGCUCAAGUAUCACCAGUCUAUCGGACGUCCUCAAGUGGGAUAGAUGAAGCGACGUUAGAUGAGUUGGCUGCCCGGGGGGAUCAUUACUUUGACAGCGACAGUCAAGAGCAGCAACAACAACAGCAACAAGAGCAAUCACGGCCGUACGAUCCGACAUCACCGACUUACGCAAACUAUCCGUAUAGCCCUACUCAACCUAUGAUACCGAAUACGAUUCAGGAAUCCGGGCAGGCCACAGAACCGAACACUCAAGAGAACUAUGGCCAUGGCCCUGAAGAUUACUAUGGACAGCACGUCGAGGAAGACCCUCAGCAACCGUCCCAGCGUACCCCCGGAGAACAAGCUCUUUACGAAAACCUCAUCGACGAAAACCGCCUCGAUGCACCGAUUGCACUUGCGCGGGACAUCGUGGACGUAAUGCGCGAAAUCAUCAAAUCGACCUCGAACUCACGACACUCGAGCUCUAGAUACUCCUCGCCUGUAAUAACGCCCACCCGAGAGAGGUUCGCACCUUCUAUACCAGCUCCCAUCUCCUUCAGUACUCAUUAUCAUAGGUUUUUCGAGCCAGAGCCAGGAUCUGAAGUAGAGCAGGCUGCACCAACUUCUUACUUCCCUGGCCCGCUGAGAGCAUAUACGUAUGUGCCGUCCGCACCUGGGUCUCCUGGUGUUGGGUCGGGGGGAGAGGAUGAAGCUGAGGUUGGACCUCCUCCUGUACCUGUGCAUACGCCUGUGUCUGUGCCUUCUAUAAUCGAACCUGGAAGGUUUAGCACACCAGAGAUAGACACGGAGUCUGAGCCAGAGAGGCUGCCUUCUACUCCCACUCCCAUUCCACGGCCUGUUCUUCUGAGACAGCUGGGUAUACGUGCAUCUCCUAGUGUUAGGUCCCCGAGAUCGACGACGCCUGCAUCGGAGAGGGGAAUUAACAUUCGACCAGACGAAGCAGCAGAAGAGCGAGAAGCUGAGCGUGAGCGUGAGCCUGAAGCUGAAUCUGAGCAGCCAGCGGAUGAGGAUGAGUUUGAGCCUGAACCCAAGAGCGAGAGCAGAUCAGAUACCGAGCCUACGCAGGACGAAAUAACACAAGCAAAACGAGAUUCCGAGUCCGCGCAGGUGAAAUCCGAAUCUGGAUCGGAUAUAGCACUAGAGACAAUCCCAGAGUAUGAGUCUGCGCCCGAAUCCCAACCUUCAACUCGGGCUCCAUCAGACGCUGGCUCUGAGUAUAAACCUGGCCCUGAGCAAGAUACUGAUUCUGACUCUGAAACUGAACUUGGAAAUAACCAGCAGCUGGUGGCGGAUCUAGAGCAGGAUGAACUUGAAGAUACAGGACGAGAACAGGCACAGGAGAAAGAGCUUGAUACCAAUCCCGAGUCCGGAAAACAGUCAGAAAAUGAUUCAGAAGAAGCCGAAUACCACUCAGCUCGAGAGUCAGCACCAUCUCCUUCUCCCCAUCCACCUCCACCUCCACCCCUAAGCCCUAGUCCACCACCGAGAAGAAUCACACGAGCAUAUGCACGCCGACUACAACAGGGACAGCAACCUGCAACCCAGACAAGUACAGCGGCGGAACAAGCAACGGAACAGGGACCCUCAAAAACAAAGAAAGAGAAGGGGAAGGCAAAAGCCCGGGAAUUGACACCCUCUCCACCACCACGAGGCAUAAAACGCAAAGAGUCUUCUUCCCCGUCUCCUCCCCCAAGUCCACCAAAGAGACGAGAUACACGAAGUCAGACGCUCCAGCAAGAAUCGAACAAGGCUGACUCUGGUAGUGGCAAAGGGAAAGGGAAAGGAAAGGCCACGACCAGCAAGGGCACGAAACGGCGAGCAGAAUAUGCCCCUGAGACACAGGAACCGGUGACCAAGAAAAGAAAAGCAACAGAAACAGAAGCAGAAACUGAAGCAGGUUCAGAACAGUCAACGCUCAAACUCCGUUCAAACCCUAAAGUCGCAACUCGCGCAGACGAACUACGAUUAAGCCCAUUAAUAGUGAACAACCCCCCAACCGCAAAACGCUCCGUCUACGUCUUCGGCGCAAACUCCCACGGCCAGCUAGGGCUCGGCCAUGCGGAGGCAAACGUCACGUAUCCUACGCUGAAUACGGGCCUAACAAAGGAUACUGUUGGUGUUGUAGAUAUUGCAGCUGGUGGUAACCACUGCGUUGCUCUCACAUACGAUAACCGCGUCUUGACAUGGGGCGAUAAUAGCGACGGGCAGCUGGGGAGGGAGACCCAAUCCGGAGAGGAGAAAACGCCCAUGGAGGUAGACUUUACAGCUGUCGGAUUACCCGCAGAGACGGUCUUCGUACAGGUUGCUGCGACGGACAGCGCGACGUUUGUACUCACGGAGUUCGGCGAUGUAUACGGCUGGGGGACGUUUAGGGAAACAUACACCAACGAAGCAGACGAAGAGAUCUCAAUCCUCAUCGGCUUCCGGCCCUCAGUAACAUUCCAACGCACACCCCUGCACAUCCCCGAUCUCAAAUACGUCAAGAAACUCGCAACAGGCGCACAGCACGUCCUCGCCCUAACACUCACCGAAGACGCAGACCUAAUAAAAUCCAAAUCCAGAAACAGAAGGGCAAGUACAGAUCCGAUUCCAAACAGAAUUACAAAAUCUAAACCCCUGUCCAAGUCCAACAAAUCCAAGUCCAAGACCAAGACGAAGCGCAGCACCAAAGCUAGUGCUACGCCGAAACCCGAAAACGCCGUCUUCGCCUGGGGCGCAUAUAAACGGGACCAACUCGGGCGCAGGAUCUUAGGCCGACAACGCACCGCCGCAACAGCCGGUCUGACGCCUCGUCUCGUUGCGCUCCCUGGGAAAACGAGGUGCGAUAUUGCUUCUAUCGGGGCCGGGCCGUACCACUCUUUCGCGGUGAAGGUGGACGGGUAUGUUUACGCGUGGGGGUAUAACCGGCACGGGCAGACGGGUGUUGUUGACGAUGUGAAUCUGCUUGAGGGGGAUUCCACGGUUUCUGUUCCGACGGGGUUAGAGGGGGUAGGGCUGGGGCUGGGGCUGGGAAGCCUUGAGCCGGAUAGGGAGUAUAUGCUUACUGGGGGGAGGGAUUAUAGUCUUGCAGUUACGGACGAUGGGCGGUGUUUGAGUUGGGGGUCUAUUAGGGGGGAUGUACUGGGUAUUAGGAAGGAGAUGAUGUCCGAGGAUGAUUUGCUGUUUGAUGAAGAUUCGGAGUCGCCGAGUAUCCUGACGAAGCCGACGAGUGUUUCGGGGGUUGACUCAAGGGUUGAGAAGGCUUCGGCGGGAUUGGGACAUUCGAUUUUGGUGACACAGUCAGGGACGGCGUAUGCCUGGGGCUCGAAUGGAGAGUACGAGGUGAGGCAGCCUCGUAGUGAUGGUGUGGAAUUGCCCAGCGCAAUCCAGACGAGUACGUUGAGAGGACUUAGGGUUGUUGAUGCUGCUGCGGGCAGGCGGUUUAGUGUAUUGCUUGUUGAGUAG